AUGGACUAUACGAAUUUGCGGCGCCAGAUCAUCUCCAUGAAGAAAAGCCUCUUCGAUCAGGGAUACCUGGAUGAGCAGUUUAAUCAGCUGGAAGAGCUGCAGGAUGAUUCAAGCCCCAAUUUUGUUGAGGAAGUUGUGGCUUUGUUCUUAAAGGAUUCAUCAAGACUGCUGACGAACAUAGAGCAAGCGCUUGAGAAGUACCCACAGGAUUUCUACCAGUUGGAUUCGCUGGUGCACCAGUUCAAAGGCAGUGGAUCAAGCAUUGGUGCACUGAGGAUGAAGAAUGAGUGCUCCAUGUUUAAGGCCCACUGCAACGACAGGAAUCUGGAAGGGUACCGUACACUUGACGACUCUUCUUCCUCUAUACCUGCAUCUCAUUCUUUGCUUGAGCAGCUGCAUCUCAUUCCAUGGCUCACUCAGAUGCCGCCAGUCACUCCAGAAGAUGAAGAGGGAGCAUGCCACUCUGAAGCAGAAGCUGGAGACAUAUUUUCAUGUAAACACAAACACCAAAUUAAAGGCCCUGUUUCUACAUAG